UUUUCUUUUUAAAAAUAAAAUAGAUUAUUCAAAAUAAUGUGUGGUAAAAAAAAUAACUACACAAAUCAUAUAUCCGAAUUGAAACAAAUACAGAAUACACUCUAGCAUUGCGCAUUUUCAUUUUGGAAAGAAAAUGGAAAUUAAUAAUCCAACCUUUUAGCAGUCUUCUUACAAUACUCUCACCUUUUGGUUAUUCAAGAAUAAUCCAACCUUUUCACCCUAUCUUCAUUCGCUGGUCCCUACCGAUUAAUAACCUGCUAUCCCAAGUUAUUUUCUUUUCUUUGCAAAAUAUUAUCUUUGUGAAAGGUGAGAUUUAUGGUAUAAUGGUUUGCAAAGAUAAGAAAAUAACUUGGAAAAGCUGGUCAUCAACCGAUCAGGGACCAGUGAAUGAAGAUGGGGUACAAAGGUUGGAUUAUUCAUGAAUAAUGAAAAUGUGGAACUAUUGUAAGAAGGCCGCUAAAAGGUUGGAUUAUUAGUUUCCAUUUUCCCCUUUCAAUUUUGGAAAACAAAAUAAACAUGUUAACGCUGUUGAAUGAUUGCAUCUGAGUAUGUCUACGCUCUACGGUCUUGGGGCAGCCGCAACGAAGAUUGUUGCAGCGGUUGGGCUGGAGUUGGGUGUGAUCACCUCACUGGUCAUGUCAUCAAGAUUGAUCUUUCUUAUGUGAGGAAGCUGUCCAGGAAAGCUCCACAUACCAGACUUUCUUUUAUUGAGCUUCACUAUUUGAAGUAUUUGAGUCUUGCCUACAGCAGCAACUUGCUGGCAAACCAGAGCAUCUCAACAUUGAUUGGGAAUAGUGUGGUCUCUCUUCAACAUCUCACUCUUGUAUUCGUGGGAAUUGUUGGCAACAUUUCCCAUAAUUUUGGAAGCAGCAUGCCUGCCCUCUGUUGAAAUAUAAACUAUAAUGAUAUUAAAGAUGGAGAGAAAGAUU